UCAAAGAUCUUGAAAGAUCUGCGGCUUGAGGAUAUAAAGAGAAGGUAAAUUUUAAUGAAUCAGUUCACCGGUCAGCCACACUGUGUAAAAAUGACACCUCUGGCGAUUCAAUUGUUUUGUUUGGUUUUGGUGUUGGUGACAGCCCAAGGAGCUCAUUUGCCUCCUUACAUUUCACCAUGCAAAGUUCGAUCGCCAGAUUUCAGUGCUUGUGCUGUCAAAAGUGGAAAUGAAGCGAUUCCUCAUUUGGCGAAUGGUGAAAAGAAGCUUGGUAUACCAACCUUGAAUCCAUUAAUAGUGCCCUUUAUCGAACUUUCUGCCGGAGAUUUGAGGCUUAAUGGAACUGACACCGUGGUCAAUGGACUUUUAACUAUGAAACUGGAAGACAUGAAGGUGGACUUAGCUACGAAAUCGGUAAUUCUGACAGUCCGCAGCACAGAGAUCUCUUUGGACCUCAACUAUAACAUGGGAGGAAAAAUCGUAGCCCUACCUAUUGAAGGAAAAGGAAAAGGAAAUAUAAAAUUCUAUAACAUGAAGGCCGUAUUUAGUUUCGAUUUUGAAGAAACUGGGAGAAAGGGUAAUAUUUAUGCCGAAAUCAAGAAUGAUCAUCUAGAUAUUUUCCCUGAAAAAAUGACAAUUCAGCUCGAUAAUUUAUUCAACGGAAAUAAACAAUUAGGUGAUACCACAAAUCAAUUUCUGAAUGAAAACUGGCAAGAAGUUUUGAAAGAAUUUGGUCCUGCCAUCGCUGAAAUCAUCAGUUCCGUAACUCGGAGUAUACUUGUACCACUAUGCAGAAAAGUGCCGUUGAACGAGAUUUUCACAGACUACUAACUAUCAUUGUUAAAUAGGAAAAAAAGUAGAAAGAAAUAUAUCAGUAAAAUGUGAUUUUUCUCGAUAUUGGGCAAUUGGACUAGAAAUUAUUACAUUAUUUUUUCUGUUGAUACUGUUGAAUCCUCUUGGAUUUGAACGAAACAAAUCAUGUUUCCAUACCUACCAAUUAUGCAGGCAUUACAUCAGUCUGAUUUGUUUGUGCGGAAGAAUGAGAAUUUUUGUGUGAAAAAUCAUUGUAGAAAUUCAUGGCGCUCUGAAAUCAUACCGUUGUGUUUGUUGAAAUAUAAAAUUAAAUUACACUCAAAUCAA